CCCCUCUCCAAGCAACACUCACUCACUCACAACUCACAACUCACAACUUACAACCCUCGUUCUCUGGCUCAUAGAGAAGGAAGGGAGGGAAGAUGCCGCUGGGAGAGAGAUAUAGCGGAGACAAGAGCGAGUCUCGGUACUGCGGCGUCGAGACGGAGUUCGACGAUGACAUGCCGAACCUCCUCUCCUUCAACAUUCACGGUGGCUUCGAUUUCGUCCUCGCUACUCUGAUGGAUCCUAAUUAUAGGCCUAGUCAAGUGGAUGAGGACACUAUCAGAUCACGUGCUCUGCCAUUUGCUGGUUCAGACUUGGUUCUAAGCCCUUCACAGUGGAGCAGUCAUGUUGUUGGCAAAAUUAGCUCUUGGAUUGACUUGGAUUCUGAAGAUGUGACACUCCGGAAGGAUUCUGAAAUUGCAUUGAAACAAGAAUUAGCCUGGGCUUCUCAUCUCUCUUUGCAGGCUUGUCUCCUGCCUACACCUAAGGGAACCUCUUGCGCUAAUUAUGCAAAAUGUUUGAAUCAGAUUUUGCAGAACUUAGGCAGCAUGCAGUUGUGGCUUAGGAUUCCACUGGAGAAGUCUGAGAAUGAUGAAGAGGCCAGGAACCCAGAAUAUAUGGGUGAAGGGCAUACUGAUUCAUGGGAAUUAUGGAAUUCCUUUCGACUUCUUUGUGAACACCAUAGCCAGCUUGCAGUUGCACUUGAUAUUUUGUCCUCAUUACCUUCAGCUUCUUCAGUUGGACGAUGGUUUGGUGAACCUGUUCGAGCAGCCAUAGUAAAUACAAAUUCUUUUCUAACAAAUGCACGGGGCUAUCCUUGUCUGUCGAAGCGCCACCAAAGAUUAACAACUGCAUUUUUCGAUCACUCAAUUCAGGUAGUAAUUUCUGGCCGACCAGUCCACAAUGUACCUGCGGGUCCCACAGGAGCAAAUGCUGAUGAUCAUGUUGAGGGUGGUUGGAGACACCCCUUAAAGGCAUACUUGGAUUAUAUUGCAUUCCUAUACCAAAAGAUGGAUCCCUUUCCUGAACAGGAACGUUUUGAGCUUGGAUAUAGAGAUUAUCUACAGUCACCCUUGCAGCCUCUAAUGGACAAUUUGGAGGCCCAAACAUAUGAAACAUUUGAAAAGGACACAGUUAAAUACAGUCAGUACCAAAGAGCAGUUGCUAAAGCUUUGGUUGACAGGGUUCCAGAUGAAAAUGCUUCCGCAGUGACAACAGUGUUGAUGGUUGUGGGCGCUGGACGGGGGCCUCUUGUCAGAGCAUCACUACAGGCUGCUGAAGAAACUGAACGCAAAUUAAAAAUAUAUGCUGUAGAAAAAAAUCCAAAUGCAGUGGUGACGCUCCAUAGUUUGGUCAAGCUAGAAGGAUGGGAAGAUAUUGUUACCAUUGUUUCCAGUGACAUGCGAAAUUGGGAUGCUCCAGAGCGAGCUGACAUACUGGUCAGUGAGUUACUAGGAUCUUUUGGUGAUAAUGAGCUCUCACCUGAGUGUCUUGAUGGAGCCCAAAGAUUUUUGAAGGAAGAUGGAAUCUCAAUCCCAUCCUCGUAUACGAGUUUCAUUCAACCUGUGACUGCAUGCAAACUUUACAAUGAUAUCAAGUCACAUAAAGAUCUUGUGCACUUUGAAACUGCUUAUGUUGUCAAGCUGCAUCGUGUGGCAAGAGUUGCACAUACUCAACCAGUCUUCACAUUUACCCAUCCAGAGUAUUCAGCCAAGUCAACCAAUCAGCGCUACAAGAAGCUUCAUUUUGAUAUUCCGAGUGACACUGGUUCUACAUUGAUUCAUGGAUUUGCAGGUUAUUUUGAUGCAACGCUUUACAAGGAUGUGCAUCUUGGCAUUGAACCGUCAACAGCUACCCCAAACAUGUUUAGCUGGUUUCCAAUAUUUUUUCCAUUGAGGACGCCAAUAUGCGUUCAACCUGGAACUCCUUUGGAAGUCCAUUUUUGGCGUUGUUGUGGUUCUACCAAGGUUUGGUAUGAAUGGUGUGUGACGUCUCCGUCUGCUUCUCCCAUCCACAACACCAAUGGUCGCUCAUACUGGGUGGGGCUGUAGGAUUUUUUUUUUUUUUUUUUUUGAUUUAAAAAAUUUUGGCAUGAAAUACCCUGAUAGGACACCGAUUAUGAAGAGUGGGAUUGUGUUGUAUACUAGUGUUGGGAGCGUACUUGCGUACCCAAGGUUAGGCGACAGACAUGUAGGGAAGUAAGAAGCUUUACUUGUAGAAUUAGUAUUGAAUGGGUUAGGUCUUUGUGAAAUGUUGUUCCGGGGAAUCAUGUUUGUGGUACUGAUCUGUGGAUGCCAGAUUUUGAAACCUCAAUUGGCCUGGGAAAGUUGAUAAAGAUGAGUAGUUUUUCUCCUGAUCCGAUUUUCACAUUUUUUUCUGCUUUUGAGUAGAUCUUUGUUCUGAUAAAACCCUAUGUAAUAGGAGAAAAAUACUUGUGUGGAAAAACUGUUUCAUAUGAU